CGCAAAUGCGUGACCAGGGUAUUCUUUAUGAAGGUUUCGCUCUUGCGCUACUUCUGGAACAGGCUUGUGCCUGCUCCUCGCACCAAGUGUGAAAAUGCAAAAAGUAGAAGAAGUAGAAGAAGUUCUUAAGUAGUGUAUAAUGAGCUACUAAUACUACUAGGUAUCUCUAAAAAAUGUGGUUGCUUUCGUUCACUUCUAGGACUACGUUGAAGUCCGCUCAUGCGUAGUUAGCGUACUGCAUGUCUACGACAUUUUGUUUACACUCGACAACCAGGAUGUCCGCCUCGUCUGCGACCUACUUCAGCGGAGUCCUCAGAAGGUCAUGACAUCGCAGACCUGGGGGUGAUAGCGGCCACCGUGGGCACCCCCGAAUAUUUCAAUAUCGGCACACCUAACAAUGGCUCGCUUCCUCCUGGCCAAGAUCAUUCCCAAGUUGUUCAUCAAGAUCAUCCUCAACAUCAAGGACUUCUGCCUGAAAAAGUUAGCACUUCGGCUUCCAUGACGCAACAUGAGCAUCUCGCUUUGGUUACUGGUUUCGGUGGUGAACAGCGCAGAAAAGAGUUGGAUGCAGACGCUAGACCAAGUACAAGUGGUGUGAAGAGGAACGCUGUUAGCACAGCAUCGUGUUCGACGUCAUCAUCGAUCGAAGAUUACCUUGAUCACGCGUUCAGUAGCUCAUCUGUAUCCUCAGCUUCGACUUGUGAAGCCACAGCUAAAUCCACGCUAUGUCAGCCGCAGUUUCGACGUCAGAACAAGCAGGAGACCAACAUUCACAUUGCUUCACCUCCAGGCAAAACGAGAGCUGGCGACCAUACGACCAGUACGAGAAUCCGUACCGCGGGAGUAAGCGAAGUGAAGCACAAUGCACUUAGCGCCCCACAUCAGAAAGACGCUGUUGUCGUAGCCUCUAGAUGUCUCUCUUUGCAUCCCCCGCCAGCGCCUUAUCUUCCACAGGUGCUCCCUCAAAACAAGAAUCUCAAG